GCCCAGCUGGAGAAGCAGCGGCAGCUGGCCGAGGCCCACGCCAAAGCCAAGGCGCAGGCGGAGGCGGAGGCGCGGGAGCUGCAGCUCCGCAUGCAGGAGGAGGUCACCCGGCGGGAGGUGGUGGCCGUGGAUGCUGAGCAGCAGAAGCAGAACAUCCAGCAGGAGCUGAUGCAGCUGCGGCAGAACUCCGACCACCAGAUCAAGUCCAAGGUCAAGCUGAUCGAGGAGGCCGAGUAUAACCGCAAGAAGGUGGAGGAGGAGAUCCGCCUCAUCCGCCUCCAGCUGGAGAGCACCGAGAAGCAGCGGGUGGGUGCCGAGACGGAGCUGCAGGAGCUGCGGGUGCGCGCUGAGGAUGCCGAGCGGCAGAAGAGGCAGGCACAGGAGGAGGCCGAGCGCCUGCGCCGGCAGGUGAAGGAGGAGAGCCAGAAGAAGCGGGAGGCGGAGGAGGAGCUGAAGCGCAAGGUGCAGGCCGAGCGGGACGCGGCGCGGGAGAAGCAGAAGGCGUUGGCGGACCUGGAGAAGCUGCGGCUGCAGGCGGAGGAGGCCGAGCGGCGGAUGCGGCAGGCGGAGGCCGAGAAGGAGCGGCAGAUCCAGGUGGCCCAGGAGGUGGCCCAGCGGAGUGCCGAGGCCGAGCUGCAGAGCAAGAGGCUGUCCUUUGCCGAGAAGACAGCGCAGCUGGAGCUGUCGCUGCAGCAGGAGCACAUCACGGUGACCCACCUGCAGGAGGAGGCCGAGCGGCUGAAGAAGCAGCAGCUGGAGGCCGAGCAGUCACGGGAGGAGGCCGAGAAGGAGCUGGAGCGCUGGCAGCAGAAGGCCAACGAGGCGCUGCGGCUGCGGCUGCAGGCGGAGGAGGUGGCCCACAAGAAGGCGCUGGCGCAGGAGGAGGCGGAGAAGCAGAAGGAGGACGCGGAGCGGGAGGCCCGCAAGCGCGCCAAGGCGGAGGAGUCGGCCCUGCGGCAGAAGGAGCUGGCGGAGGAGGAGCUGGAGAAGCAGCGGGAGCUGGCAGAGGGCACGGCCCAGCAGAAGCUGGCGGCGGAGCAGGAGCUGAUCCGGCUGAAGGCAGAGAUGGAGAACAGGGAGCAGCAGCGCCUGCUCCUGGAGGAGGAGCUCUUCCGGCUGAAGAAGGAGGUGAGCGAGGCCAUCCAGAAGAGGAAGGAGGUGGAGGAGGAGCUGGCCAAGCUGCGGGCUGAGAUGGAGAUCCUGCUGGAGAGCAAGGCCAAGACGGAGGAGGAGUCGCGCUCCACCAGCGAGAAGUCCAAGCAGCGGCUGGAGGCCGAGGCCAGCAAGCUGCGGGAGCUGGCCGAGGAGGCCGCCCGGCUGCGGGCCCUCUCCGAGGAGGCCAAGAGGCAGCGGCAGCUGGCGGAGGACGAGGCCGGCCGGCAGCGGGCCGAGGCCGAGCGCAUCCUGAAGGAGAAGCUGGCGGCCAUCAACGAGGCCUCACAGCUGAAGGCGGAGGCAGAGAUUGCCCUGAAGGAGAAGGAGGCGGAGAACGAGCGGCUGCGGCGGCUGGCAGAGGACGAGGCCUACCAGCGCAAGCUGCUGGAGGAGCAGGCCGCCCAGCACAAGCAGGACAUCGAGGAGAAGAUCGCCCUGCUGAAGCGGUCCUCGGAGAGCGAGCUGGAGCGGCAGAAGGGCCUGGUGGAGGACAUGCUGCGGCAGCGGCGCCAGGUGGAGGAGGAGAUCCGUGCCCUGAAGGUCAGCUUCGAGAAGGCCUCGGCGGGCAAGACCGACCUGGAGCGGGAGCUGAGCCGCAUCCGCGGGGAGGCAGAGGAGGUGCAGCGCAGCCGGGAGCAGGCCGAGUGGGAGGCCGAGCGGCAGCGGGCGCUGGCGCUGGAGGAGGAGGGCCGCCGGCGGGAGGCUGAGGAGAAGGUGCAGGCCAUCCUGGCGGCCGAGGAGGAGGCUGGGCGGCAGCGGCGGCUGGCCCUGGAGGAGGUGGAGCGGCUGAAGGCCAUGGUGGAGGAGGCCAGGCGGCAGAAGGAGCUGGCGGAGAAGGAGUCGGAGCGGCAGAUCCAGCUGGCGCGGGAGGCGGCGCAGAAGCGGAUCGCGGCAGAGGAGAAGGCCCACCUGGCCGCCGUGCAGCAGAAGGAGCAGGAGCUACUGCAGACGCGGCAGCAGGAGCAGAGUCUCCUGGACCGGCUGCGGGAGGAGGCCGAGCGGGCCAGGCGGGCGGCGGAGGAGGCCGAGUUCGCCCGCAGCAAGGCCGAGCAGGACGCCAGCCUCUCCCAGCAGCGGGUGGAGGAGGCCGAGCGGCUGAAGCAGCGGGCGGAGGAGGAGGCACAGGCCAAGGCGCAGGCCCAGGCGGAUGCGGAGAAGCUGCGGAAGGAGGCCGAGCUGGAGGCGGCGAAGCGGGCGCAGGCGGAGCAGGCGGCCCUGCGGCAGAAGCAGCUGGCGGACGCCGAGAUGGAGAAGCACAAGAAGUUUGCCGAGCAGACGCUGCGGCAGAAGGCGCAGGUGGAGCAGGAACUGACCAAGGUGAAGCUGCAGCUGGAUGAGACGGACCACCAGAAGGGCAUUCUGGACGAGGAGCUGCAGCGGCUGAAGGAGGAGGUGACCGACGCCGUCCGGCAGAAGGCCCAGGUGGAGGAGGAGCUCUUCAAGGUCCGGGUGCAGAUGGAGGAGCUGGCGAAGCUGAAGAGCCGGAUCGAAGAGGAGAACAAGGUGCUGAUCCUCAAGGACAAGGACAACACGCAGAAGUUCCUGGCGGAGGAGGCCGAGAAGAUGAAGCAGGUGGCGGAGGAGGUUGCCCGGCUCAGCGUGGAGGCCCAGGAGGCUGCCCGCAUGCGGAAGCUGGCCGAGGAUGACCUGGCGCAGCAGCGGGCGCUGGCAGAGAAGAUGCUGAAGGAGAAGAUGCAGGCGGUGCAGGAGGCCACGCGGCUGAAGGCUGAGGCAGAGAUGCUGCAGAAGCAGAAGGACCUGGCGCAGGAGCAUGCCAAGCGGCUGCAGGAGGACAAGGAGCAGAUGCAGCAGCGCCUGGCCGAGGAGACCGAGGGUUUCCAGAAAACCCUGGAGGCUGAGCGCCGGCGGCAGCUGGAGAUCACGGCCGAGGCCGAGCGCCUCAAGCUGCACGUGGCGGAGAUGAGCAUGGCCCAGGCCAAGGCCGAGGAGGAAGCCAAGCGGUUCAAGAAGCAGGCAGAGGAGAUCAGCGAGAGGCUGCACGAGACCGAGCUGGCCACGCAGGAAAAGAUGACGCUGGUGCACACUCUGGAGAUCCAGCGGCACCAGAGCGACCAGGACGCAGAGAAGCUGCGGAGGGCCAUUGCCGACCUGGAGCAGGAGAAGGAAAAGCUGAAGCAGGAGGCGGCGCUGCUGCAGCAGAAGGCGGAGGAGAUGCAGGUGGCCCAGCAGGCACAGCUCCGCCAGGAGACACAGCUCCUCCAGCAGACCUUCCUGACAGAGAAGGACACCCUGCUGCAGAAGGAGAAGUUCAUCGAGGAGGAGAAAACGAAGCUGGAGAAGCUCUUUAAAGACGAGGUCGACAAAGCCCAGAACCUGAAGGCAGAGCAGGAGCGGCAGCAGAAGGAGAUGGAGCAGGAGAAGCAGCAGCUGAAGGCCAUGCUGGACGAAGCCAAGAAGCAUCAGCAAGAAGCAGAGGAAAACGUCCGGCACAAGCAGGAGGAGCUGCAGCAGCUGGAGAGACAGCGGCAGCAGCAGGAGAAACUCCUGGAAGAGGAGAACAAGAAGCUCAGGGAGAGGCUUGAGCAGAUGCAGGAAGAGUACAAGGCCGCCCUGGCCCAGACACGAGAGAUCAUGAUCCAGACGGACGACCUGCCCGAGGAGGCAACGGUUACGAUGACACAGGUGCCGGAUAUCAAAGCUGUGCCCAACGGCAGAGACGCGGUGGAUGGCUUAGCGCAGAACGGGGAGCCAGAGUUUGCAUUUGACGGCAUCCGUCAGAAGGUAUCUGCAGAGAAGCUGGCUGAUGCCGGCAUUUUGAGCAAGGACAACUUAGACAAGCUGGCGAAGGGCGUCGUGAGUGUUGGAGAGCUCUCACAGAGGGAAGACAUCAAGAAGUACCUGCAGGGCAAGAGCAGCAUCGCCGGUUUGUUAAUCAAACCCACCAAUCAAAAGAUGAGCAUCUAUGAAGCCAUGAAAAAGAAGCUGCUCAGCCCAGGCACCGCGCUGGUCCUCCUGGAAGCACAGGCUGCCUCUGGCUUCAUAAUUGACCCUGUGCGAAACGCGAGGCUCUCGGUGAACGAGGCGGUGAGAGAGGGAGUGAUUGGGCCAGAACUGCACAAUAAGAUGCUGUCUGCUGAACGGGCAGUAACCGGCUACAAGGAUCCUUACACGGGCGACAAGAUCUCCCUCUUCCAGGCCAUGAUGAAGGAGCUCAUUGUCAGGGAGCACGGCAUCCGCCUGCUCGAGGCCCAGAUCGCCACCGGCGGCAUCAUCGAUCCCGUCAACAGCCACCGCCUGCCUGUAGAAGCUGCCUACAAGCGGGGCUACUUCGACGAGGAGAUGAGCCAGGUCCUCUCCGACCCCACUGAUGACACCAAGGGCUUCUUUGACCCCAACACACAGGAGAACCUCACCUACCUGCAGCUCAUGGAGCGGUGCGUGACUGACCCAGACACAGGGCUGUGCCUCCUGCCGCUCACUGACCAGGCGGCCAAAGCAAGAGAGCUGGUCUACACUGACAAAGAAGCUAAGGAUGUCUUUAAGAAGGCCACAGUGACAGUACCGUUUGGCAAGUUCCAAGGGAAGACGGUGACCAUCUGGGAAAUCAUCAACUCUGAAUACUUCACUGAGGACCAAAGGCGGGACCUGAUCCAGCAGUACAGGACUGGCAAGAUCACGGUGGAGAAGAUCAUUAGGAUCAUCAUCACGGUUGUGGAGGAAAGCGAGAAAAAGAGCCAGAUGUGCUUCGAGGGCCUCCGGGCCCCUGUGCCUGCCGCUGAGCUGCUGGAAAGCAAAAUCAUCAACAAGGACCUCUACAACCAGUUGCACCAGGGCAAGAAGUCUGUGAAGGACGUGGCGGAGAUGGAGUCUGUGCGGCAGUACCUGAAGGGCACGGAUGCCAUUGCUGGCGUCCUAGUGGAGUCGACCGGCCAGAAGCUCACCUUCUACGACGCCCUGAAGAGAAACCUGCUGAAGCCAGAGAUUGCCCUGUCCCUGCUGGAAGCGCAGGCUGCCACCGGCUAUAUCAUCGACCCUGUGAGGAACAAGCUGUUCUCUGUCGACGAGGCGGUGAAGGCCGAGGUGGUGGGGCCGGAGUUUCACGAGAAGCUGCUGUCUGCAGAGAAGGCGGUGACUGGCUACAAGGAUCCCUAUACGGGCCAGACGGUUUCCCUCUUCCAAGCGCUCAAGAAGGGCCUCAUCCCCAGCAAUACCGGGGUCCGUCUGCUGGAUGUCCAGCUCGCCACUGGAGGCAUCAUUGAUCCUGUGAACAGCCACCGGCUCCCACUCGAGGUCGCCUACAAACGGGGCUACUUGGACCCAGAGAUAAAUGAGGCUCUGUCCGAGCUCCGAGAUGAUGUCAAGGCUUUCUAUUGUCCCAACACCCAAGAGCACCUCACCUACACCCAGCUGCAGAAGAACUGCCACCGUGACAAGCAGACUGGCUUCUGCCUGCUGCCCCUGUCGGACAAAGCCAUCCAGUCUCAGCAGGAGGAGGUCUACACAGACAGCCAGGCGAAGGAGUGCUUUGACAAGGCGACUGUAGAGGUCCCAGUGGGCAGCAUGAAGGGCCAGACAAUGACCAUCUGGGAGCUGAUCCACUCUGAGUACUUCACGGAGGAGCACAGGCGAGAGCUCCUUCGACAGUACAAGACUGGCAAGGUGACCAUCGAGAAGAUCAUCAAGAUUGUCAUCACCAUCAUCGAGGAGGCAGAGACCAAAAAGCAGGAGAAGCUGACGUUCAGCGGUCUCCGGGCACCUGUACCUGCCAGCGAGCUGGUGGAGUCCUGCAUCAUCAGCAAAGCCCAGUACGAGCAGCUGAAGGAAGGCAAGAAAUCAGUGAAGGACCUCUCCGAGACAGAUGCAGUGAGGAGAUUCCUGCAUGGCAGCGACUGCAUUGCUGGCGUCUACGUGGAGGCGACCAAGGAGAAGCUGAACAUCUAUGAGGCCAUGAAGAGGAACCUGCUGAGGCCCAGCACCGCCGUGGUCCUCCUGGAGGCCCAGGCAGCGACCGGGUUCUUGAUCGACCCUGUGAAGAACAGGAAGCUGUAUGUCAACGAGGCCGUGAAGGCUGGUGUCAUCGGGCCUGAACUGCAUGAGAAGCUGCUGUCCGCCGAGAAGGCUGUCACUGGGUACAAGGACCCCUACUCGGGCAAUACCAUCUCCCUCUUCCAGGCCAUGAAGAAAGGACUCAUUGUCAAGGAGCACGGCAUCCGCCUGCUCGAGGCCCAGAUCGCAACCGGCGGCAUCAUCGACCCCGUGCACAGCCACCGCCUCCCCGUGGAGGUGGCCUACAAGCGGGGCUACUUCGACGAGGAAAUGAACCGGACCCUCUCUGACCCCACUGAUGACACCAAGGGCUUCUUCGACCCCAACACCCACGAGAACCUCACCUACCUGCAGCUGAAGGAGAAGUGCAUCGAAGAUCCUGAGACGGGCCUGUAUCUGCUGCCUCUGCGGGAGCCUGAGAAGCCUACGCUGGUGGAGACCACCCAGGUGUACACGGAAGCAGAGACGCGGAAGGUGCUUGAGGAGACACAGGUGGACAUCCCCGUGGGCAGCAGGGCGGGCUCCUCCAUGUCGCUGUGGGAGAUCAUGCACUCAGACCUGCUGCCUGAGGAGCAGCGGAAGCAGCUCAUGGAGGAGUUCCAGUCAGGCCGUGUGUCCAAGGAGCGCAUGAUCAUCAUCAUCAUUGAGAUCAUCGAGAAGACUGAGAUCAUCAGGCAGCAGAAUCUCACAUCCUAUGACUACGUCCGGCGCCACAUCACAGCUGAGGACCUCUAUGCGGCCAAGAUCAUCUCUCUAGACAUCUACAACCUGCUGAAGCAGGGCUCCAAAACCUUCCGGGAGCUCCUGGACGUGGAGACUGUCUGGAAGUACCUCUACGGGUCGGGCUGUGUGGCUGGCAUCUACAUCCCCUCUUCCAAGCAGAAGCUCAGUAUCUACCAGGCGCUGAAGAAGGGGCUGAUCAACUCCGAGGUGGCCCGCUCCCUCCUGGAGGCCCAGGCUGCCACCGGUUUCAUGAUCGACCCCACAAAGAAUGAGAUGCUGACCGUUGAUGAAGCAGUCAGGAAAGGCGUGGUGGGGCCUGAAAUCCAUGACCGGCUCCUGUCUGCAGAGAGGGCCGUAACCGGUUACAGAGACCCGUACAGCGAACAGAAGAUUUCCAUCUUCCAGGCCAUGAAGAAAGACCUCAUUCCCAGUGAGGAGGCCCUCAAACUCCUGGAUGCCCAGAUAGCCACCGGUGGCAUCAUCGACCCGCACCUGGGCUUCCAUCUGCCCCUGGAGGUGGCCUACCAGCGGGGCUUCAUCAACAAGGACACAUAUGACAUGCUGUCCGAGCCCAGUGAGGUGCGAAGCUACGUGGACCCGUCCACGGAGGAGAAGCUCAGCUACACGCAGCUCCUGAAGCGGUGCCGGAAGGACGAGAACAGCAGGCUCCUCCUGCUCCCACUCUGCGACACGAGGAAGCUCACCUUCCGGGGGCUGCGGAAGCAGAUCACUGUGGAGGAGCUGGUCCGUUCGCAGGUGAUGGAUGAAGCCACCGCCCAGCGCCUCCAGGAGGGCCUCACCUCCAUCGAGGAGGUCUCUAAGAACCUGAAGAAGUUCCUGGAGGGCACCAGCUGCAUUGCUGGUGUAUUUGUGGACUCCACGAAGGAGCGGCUGUCCGUGUACCAGGCCAUGAAGAAGGGUAUCAUCAGGCCAGGCACCGCGUUUGAGCUCCUGGAGGCGCAGGCAGCCACGGGCUACGUGAUUGACCCCAUCAAGGGCCUCAAGCUGACAGUGGAGGAAGCUGUGCGGAUGGGCAUUGUGGGCCCCGAGUUCAAGGACAAGCUGCUCUCUGCUGAGAGGGCAGUCACUGGCUACCGGGAUCCCUACUCCGGAAAGCUCAUCUCCCUCUUCCAGGCCAUGAAGAAGGGUCUGAUCCUGAAGGACCACGGGAUCCGCUUGCUCGAGGCCCAGAUUGCAACGGGAGGCAUAAUCGAUCCUGAGGAGAGCCACCGCCUCCCUGUGGAGAUUGCCUACAAGAGGGGCCUCUUCGACGAGGAGAUGAAUGAGAUCCUGCUGGAUCCCAGCGAUGACACCAAGGGCUUCUUCGACCCCAACACUGAGGAGAACCUCACCUACCUGCAGCUCAUGGAGCGGUGUAUCACUGACCCAGAGACUGGCCUCUGCCUCCUGCCCCUGAAGGAGAAGAAGCGGGAGAGGAAGACCUCCUCCAAGUCCUCUGUCCGCAAGCGGAGGGUGGUGAUCGUCGACCCAGAGACAGGCAAGGAGAUGUCCGUGUACGAAGCCUAUCGCAAGGGCCUCAUUGACCACCAGACCUACCUGGAGCUGUCGGAGCAGGAGUGCGAGUGGGAGGAGAUCACCACCUCCUCCUCUGACGGCGUGGUGAAGUCAAUGAUCAUCGACAGGCGCUCGGGGCGCCAGUACGACAUUGACGAUGCCAUCAGCAAGGGCCUGAUCGACCAGUCGGCCCUGGACCAGUACCGCUCGGGCACCCUCUCCAUCACCGAGUUUGCAGACAUGCUCUCUGGAAACAUGAGUGGCUUCCGGUCGCGGUCGUCCUCUGUGGGAUCAUCCUCCUCCUACUCCAUCAGCCCAGCCCCCACGCGAACGCAGAUAUCCAUGUGGAGCGACCCGACCGAGGAGACCGGGCCAGUGGCGGGCAUCCUGGACACGGACACUCUGGAGAAGGUGUCCAUCACGGAGGCGAUGCGCCGCAACCUCGUGGAUAACAUCACAGGGCAGAGGCUGCUGGAAGCACAGGCCUGCACCGGGGGCAUCAUCGACCCCAACACCGGGGAUAAGUGCUCCGUCGCCGACGCAGUGAACAAGGGCCUGGUCGACAAAAUCAUGGUGGACCGCAUCAACCUGGCGCAGAAGGCCUUCUAUGGCUUCGAGGACCCACGGACCAAGACGAAGAUGUCGGCGGCCCAGGCCCUGAAGAAGGGCUGGCUGUACUACGAGGCCGGGCAGCGCUUCCUGGAGGUGCAGUACCUGACAGGGGGCCUGAUCGAGCCCGACGUUGAGGGCCGCGUCUCCUUGGACGAGGCGCUGCAGAAGGGCACCAUCGACACACGCACGGCCCAGAAGCUGCGGGACGUGAACACCUACUCCAAGUAUCUCACCUGCCCCAAAACCAAGCUCAAGAUCUCCUACAAGGACGCGAUGGACCGAAGCAUGAUCGAGGACGGGACCGGCCUGCGGCUGCUGGAGGCCUCCUCCCAGUCCAGCAAGGGCUACUACAGCCCCUACAACGUCAGCAGCGCCGGCUCCACCUCCGGCUCGCGGUCGGGCUCCCGGACUGGGUCCCGGUCAGGCUCCAGGCGAGGUAGCUUCGACGCCACUGGCUCCGGCUUCUCCAUGACCUUCUCUUCCUCCUCCUACUCUUCCUCGAGCUUUGGGCGCAGAUACGCCGUGGGUCCCCAGAGCGCCGUGGAGGCGGCCGCCCUUGCCCUCGCCUUGUCCCUCCCGAGCAGGAGCUGCAGGCAGGAGGCAAGUGGGGAGCGCCCCGGGCUGCGUGGGCCCGCGCCGCGUCCGAAACCUGCCGGCCCCUUCCGAGGAACCCGCCGCCUCACCUGCUCCGCAUGUGGCAACGCUGCUGGCUAAUCACUAGUAUUUUUUUUUAAUUUUUAAACUCCAUUCUUCUUCCAAAGCAGUGCCUAAAGUUUAACCAAAAAGACUAGACUAAUAUAUUAAUAUAUACGAUUGUUCUGACAGUAUUUGUAUAUUAAGAGAUGAGAGAGAAAACACACUACCCUCCCAGAUCUGCCGCCCCGGGAGCCUGCUGCCGUUCCUGCCCUCUGCAGAGCCGAUCCCGCCCAGCCGCUCGGACACCGCGAGGCAGAGCCGGAAAACAGGAAAACAGUUCUGUCUUUUUGAUCUAACCACUUAGUGACUCUUUUGUAAUUAACCCUGCCGGCUUCAUCCCCCGCACCCCAAAGGAGGAGAUGACCCUGUCCCCGCGGCGCACCGCAGCCAGUGUGCCGGCAGGACGGAGGAGGACAUCGCGGGUUCCCCACUGCCCGGUGCCAGACAGCCAGACACUCUGCACCGGCCCCGGAGCUGCUGCCUGGACCCCUUCCACCUGCCCUCGGCGCGGCACGGCGAGGAGGGGGCUCUGCGCCCCGGCUCCCGAGCUGCCCCAGUUCCCUGGCUUUGCCUUCCGGCACAUCCCCGCCACCGCGCCGCGGAGCCGGUGCCCCGACCACGUCUUUUUCCAGUCCCACCAAAGAAGUCCCCUUGCCGCUGGGCGAGUUCCUUAGCUGGGUCUCCGAUGUCAGCAAGUCGUGGAUGGGCUUGAGGGGAGCCCGGGACACGGCAGCUCCUCGGCCGUGCUCGCCGG